AUGGAGCUGCCCGCCGCCCGUCGGAGGAUCGGCCUCUUGCUCGGGAGACGGGUGCUGUACGACCCCCAACCGAUGAUGACCGGGUCGAGGCAGUCUACGACCUACACCCUCACCGAUCUCGCCCGCAAUCAACGAACUGCCAUCCAAGUCCGACCAGAGAACCGCACUGACCCGUUUAGCUGAUGCUCCACCUCCGCGCUGCCUUCCCAACUGUUUGUGUUGCGCAUCUGCACUCCCACUAGAUGCCAGGCCUUACCGACGAUGAAGUCGUUUCCGAAUUGCGCAAGAUGGUUCGUCCGCCUGAUCGCUAACUAGCCUUGCCUCAUUCGUUCGAGCUGCUUGCUGAUCCUCGUCUCGUCUUACCCGGCUUAUCCCCAGACCACUUUCAUCAAACAAGAAGCGCUCGAGAAGGCACGAGAGAUCAAGGUCAAGGCCGACGAGGAAUUCUCCAUCGAAAAGGUACGCUUCAUCAAACAGCGGACCGCCUCGGCGCAAGCAAAACGGUUACGCGGUUACGGUCACGCAGCGCAAGGGAAGCGGUGACGGUACUGACCGCAGCGGUCCGCUGUCACGUACAUCCACGCGCAGGCCAAGAUCGUGCGACAGGAAUCGAUCAAUAUCGACGCGACGUUGGAGAGGAAGAAGAAGCAAAUCGAGAUCGAAAAGAAGAUGUGCGAGCUCCUUGCCCUCUUUCCCUCAUCUCCUCUUUUCGCCCCCCCUUAAAAGCUGAUCCCGUCCCCCUGCGUUGUGUGGCCCCACAGCGCCAUCUCGAACCAGAACAAUAAAUCGCGCUUGCAACUUUUGGAGAAGCGCGAAGAGUUGUUGGAGAAGGUCUUUGAUCACGCGAGGGAUAGGAUCGGGCAAGCGACCAAGGACGAGAAGAAGUAUGCCGAAUUGUUAAAGCGCUUGGUCUUGCAGGUACGCUGUCCAGGCGCUGCGGUCGGUCUGACGUUCGAUAAGAUACAGGACCUGAUCUCGUCUGGUCGUGCGUACAGGCCAUGUUCACCACCAUGGAGAAGGACGUCAAGGUUUCGGGACGACAGAGGGAUGAGAAGUUGUUGGAGAAGGCGGCCAAGGAGGCCGUCAAGGAGUUUGAGAAGCAGACGGGGUGGGCACCCAAGUUCGCCAUCGAGACGGAUCUGAAUGACAAGUCGUGAGUUGAAAGUCCAGGGAAGGAAAGAGAGGCGACUGAUCCGCGUCGGGCGUUCUUAGUGCCGGCGGUGUGAUCAUCAAGGGAUACGGCUCGAGGAUCACGGUCAACAACACCCUCGACGAGCGAUUGAGGCUCUUGGAGGAAAAGGUGCGUGACGGCGCUUCAGCGAUCCCAUCAGCUCUGGCUCAGAGCAUUAGACUGAUGGAUCACAACCUUCUUCGCACAGAUGUUGCCCGAGUUGAGGGAGUCGUUGUUCGGCAAGAAUGAGAACCGACGAGUGAGUAUACCUCUCGAAGCUCAUAGCCGCCAGAUGGGUAUUGACAUCUCGAUUUACUCCACCACAGUUCUAUUCGUAA